AUGUCACAAUCCAUGAUAAAACCUGUAAUAGGCUCAUUUUUAGUUAAGUUUGAUAUGAAAAAGGGGAAUACCCUAGUGUGGUCACGCAAUUGUGAACUCUUUCAAAAAAAAUCAUCUUCUUCAUUAGCGUUUAAAGCCAUGCCAUCAGGUAUUCAUGAUGAAAUUAAUGAUACAAUUUGCUUUACCGCUACAAAUUCAGAUAACAAGUCUUUAUAUAUGGGAUUAUCGAUUUUCAUGCAAAAUUCUUUUGAAUUAAUUAACUCAGAGUUACAAUCCAAAGUAGAUCUACAAAAUAAACAUAUGAUUAAUAGAAAUAAAAUUAAAAUGUUCUCAUUUGCAAUCAUUUUAGAUAUUAAAAUUAAUGAACCCAAUGAUAAUUUAUCAGAUAUUGUCAAUUCAAAUAUUCAAUUUUAUUCAAACCAUUUAUAUUCCACUUUAAAAUUAUGGUUAUCACAAAAUAAUACUGACAAUGCUCAUAACAAAAGUAUCCCAAAUACAACCAUUUUAGAAAAUUUUCAUAACAACUAUCAUCAGAACCCAACAAUAUUUACAACCAAAUCCAUUUCUCCAGCACAUGACUCGAUAAAACAAUCUUUUAUAGAUGAUGUAAAGUAUUGGUUGGAAGAACUAGGCCCUCUAUUAUUUAUCCUAUGGAAAUCAAUCCUAUUAAAUGAAAGAAUAUUGAUCUUAAAUUUAUCAAAUGAAAAAGUUUUCAAAAUAAAUGCAUUAUGUAAUUUCAUUAAAUUAAUUCCAAUUAAUCAAACUUUAUUAUCAUCUCUUUCUUCAAAAUCAUCUACCAUACCCUCAAAUUUCUUAAAUUUAUAUACUAUUGGUAUAUCUGAUCUAGAUGAUAUGAAAAAUAUUUUGUGCAACCCUAACCAAGGGUAUAUUGCGUGCACAAAUGAUAGUUUGUUAGAGUUUAAAACAGAAAUUUUUGAUAAAUUAAUCAAAAUUGAAUCGAAUAUGGAAAUAGGCAUGAGAAUCUCUGUUACCGAUAAUGAUAAUAACGUCAUAAGGGCCACGCCAAAUGAUUUGCGAUUAAGUGAUUAUUUAUUUAAGUUGUUAAAUAUUCAAGACGAAAUCUCCAAAAAUAACUUCAAAAAAUACAACACCAUGACUGAAUCUAUCUCUUGGGCUCAGUUCUUUUGGGAUGAACUAUAUCUUUUGAUGACAGCAGGAUAUUUGAAGCCAUCUUAUCAAAACAUUAAAAUAGAUUUACCCAACGAUAAACAAAGACUCCCUGAUGGGUUGAAUGAUACAAUAAUUUCAUUAUUAAUUGAUAUUUUUCAAGCAAAAAACCAAGGCUUACAUAAUUCAUUGGAGACCAUCAUAUUAUCUAAAGAAUUUGAUGAAUUGACAGAUGAUACCAUAUAUUUACAUCCAAGUGAUCUAAAAGCUUUGAACCUAGAUUGUUUCAGCAAACAAGACUUCGAUUUCAUCAUAAAACUAAGCAAAAAGUGGUUUAAUAAAAAUAUAGAAAUUGCCGGUUUUUCUGAUUACUUAAACAUAGCCUGCUAG